AUGACCUUACUUAUGGCGGGAAUACGGAUGUUCCUCCACCAGACCGUGCGUCCAUCUAUAGCUCACCAAACGUUUUAUCAGCAUGAGAUGGAUUGGCUGGCGAUAGAAGUGACACUUGACCCCGAUUUUAAAAAGUUUUCGGAGCAAAAGCCACUCCCAGUCUGGGCUUUGUACGGUGGACAUUCUGCGGACGCUUGCAAAGCUCCCUUGCCAAGUGAGCAAAAUGCGGUGAAGUCGACCAAAUUACUCGAAAAAAGAGCUCGAAUAGCUGACAUAUGUCAAUGGGAAUGUCCCUCAACUGAGAUGGCGCAGAACCUUGCCAUUUCAAUUGAAAGUGUGGCGAACGUUUGGCUCCCAGAAUCAACCGUUCAGGAAUUCCAAUGGUGUGUGGUUGUCGAUCUUGGAGAGCGCAAAGAGAAACCGACUUUCUGUCUAGCUUACUCAAGCAAACGGAAACGCUGGGAAUUUCGAAAAGAAGAGAGACAACGGCUGGAAUCAGCUUUGUCACUUUGGCUUUAUUACGACAAAUCAGUCAGGAGCAAAAGGUUCACGAAGAACUUUGAAAGAUCCCUGCUUCUCUUAGGUCUCAGUCAAAAUAGUGACGUGCUCUUCAAAGUGCUUCAACAAAGGAUGGGAAAAGGUGCAAUGGCAAAGCUUUGCUUCGUGAAACCCUUUCUCCAAACGGACGCCAAUGAAGGCGAGGACGACGACUACAAUGAGGAUUAUGAGGAGGAAGAAUCUGUUUUCUCAAAACCCGAGAAAAAAAGUUGCAAACGAAACAGAAUUGUCGGCAUAUAUAAUGGAGGAGGAUUACAGAGUCCGACUUUCUACCAAGAAAAUACGGCAACUGGGCAAGACCGCGAGCUAGUGGUCAAAUUGAUCCGGCCCAGAUUGCAUACCUUUAGGUCGGCGGGUCGAUAUCCAACGACGUUAAACAAUUACAUCCCUGGGGCACUAUCUACGAUGAAUCUUGUACAGCUCUAUGCUCAACACAUAUUCCUGGCCUUUGCCUGGGCAUUUGUCGACAAAUUCCAGUCCGACCUUAGGGUCCCUAAGAAUGCGUUCGAAGAAGAUAGUCUUGAAGAUUUGGAACAAUUGGCGUCCCGCGUGGAGUUAACUCAUUUGGGAGACAUACAAGACAUUAUUCUAUGUCUGCUUUCACCGUUGAUCCAUUUUGGUGUCUUGGGAAUGGAGAGAAUGAUAGCAGACCCAGAGGCUCUGAGGCCUUGGGUGUCCCAAACGCGAGAAAACCCUACAAGUCGAUCCUGA